GUAUAUCUGUUUGUUUUUCAGAUACACCUAGUGUAUAUGACGAUAUGUUCGUUAUCACAUGCGGCGUACAUCAGUCGCAUGGCCAUGGUGCGUCCUCGCGCGCCAGCUGUCUUCCGACCAGGAGUUGUGCUGCAGAGGCCGUGGUAUCAACGCGUGGUACCCGCGUACCGACCUUAUGUAGUAUAUAGAGGACCGAUUCCACACAGAUACGCUAUUAAGCCUCACAUGCACUUCCGUAACGCGAUCCCGAGCGGACCGUGGAAGACAGGACGGCCGCCUGUCGCAGACUACGAGCUGCUAAGAGCCGCGUCCGCGCCGCCUCUACUCCACGCACACGGUGAUACAGCAGGUGCGAUACACACGAUACCAGCGCCCAACCUCAGCCUGUCAGAGAAGCCUAUCGUCGUUGUUGACACCGAUACUGCUAACACUGCGCCAGCCACUGAACCCAUCAAAACAUACGAAGUUACUGAAAAAUAUUCGGAGCCCCAAGUGUAUCAAAUACCAGCUAAAAUCGAAGCUCCAACAGGAUUUUCAAAACAGUCAUCUUUAAAAACACCUGAACUACACCAGUUCGUGCAGAACGGAGCGUCUUUUCCACUGUCGGCGCAGUAUGGACACCCGACUCUACCACUACCACAAAACCCACAACAGUUCUCAAUUCAGGGCUUCCCAGACUUAUCUCCUCAUCAGGAUUUGCAAACAGCAGCUGAAGGAAUAAUAAUCCCACCGAGCGCACUCUACCAAAACGAUCCAAACUUCUUACAAAAACUACAAAGUCAAUUACUACAACAGUUCCCUGCAGUUGAAUUUAUACCUUACACCGCUGAAAUACAACCCCAAAUUCAACAAACAACACAAUCAGAAUUAUAUUUAUUAGAAAACGAAGUAAUAACACAACAACCAUCUUUCAAAUCAGAUGAACCUCACAAAAACAUCGUACAAAGAGAAACUCAAGAAGCGUCUCUUAUGUCUAUAGUUCCACAACCAUUUGCUCCUAGUAAUGUGACGCAAAAUGGAACUCAUACAACACCUAACGAUCAAGAAAACGCAACAGAAACUUCUGGAACAGAACUUCCGACAACAACUAAAUUAAUAGAAACUACAACAGAACAAACCACUACACCAAUAUACUACGCUCAAGUUGGUCAAAGUAUAGGUAACAUUAUAGCUAAAGGAUUUUAUUCAGCUAUAAACGAUGUGAGAGCAGCAGCCGCGUUAGCACAAGUGGAAAAGGUCAAUGAACUCGCACACGUAGAUAUCACAACUACAAUUAAAUCAGAAACAGCAGAAGCUAACGAAUCGUUAAACAAAGAAAGCAAUGAAAUAAAUUUAUCUAAUGAAAUAAACUUUGCCGGAGCUCCGUUUGAAAAAACAGCUGAUUCGGUUAACUUUACUUAUAGGGUAUUACGUUCUCAAGAAGAUUCCAAAAAUAAAAAUGGUAAUGUCUACGCUGGUCAGUUAGUACAAGCAAUGAUAAGUGAAGAUAAAGACUUUAACAAAGGCAAAGCCAACGUAUCAUGGAGGGCACCGUUAAGAUUAUUUGCGGCAACUGAAAAGAAAGAUAAUCCACAAAAGUUGAAUGUAGUAAAAGCGAAAAUACCGCCGAAAACUAAACUGACAUUUGAUGAUAAAACAGGAGAGCCUGUGUUGAGAAUCUACGCGAGUUAUUCUGAAAAUCCUAUUCAGAAGGAGGUAAUGCUAUCAAAAUUAUCAAACCUUAAACAUGUCAAAGAAGUAGUAACCCGUAAACAAGAUGCAAAAGACAGUUGGAACACAGUUACUUCGAAACCAUUUGAAAAAACCAUACCAGAUGCAAGCAUAUCUCAAUUCGGUUUGAAACUGCGCUCUAGGAGUGACGAUUACAUUCCAUUAUUUGAAGAAUAUGAAGAGUAAUUUAAGUGUAGAUUUAUUAAAAAGCCAACGAUUAAAUUUAAGGACAAAAUUUUUACGC